AUGACUCGAAGCAGGGAAGGGUCCAGCACGCUCAUCGAGUGUAACGUGACUGAAGUUCAAGAGGACGUGCGGUGGUACAACUCUAAAGGACUUCUUCUUGGAGAAGAAGAAGGCGGGAAGUGGCAGAUCCAGGAGAGGGGUGCCCUAAACAUCAGUUCGGUGUCCUUUGAGGACCGUGGGCGCUACACCUGCGUAGCCUCAACAGGCAUCGGCCUCACCAGAAACUAUACGGUCAUUCUGCGUGUGGCGUACACCAACAGUGGCCUGGGGCUGUACUUUGUCAUUGUGUGUUUGGUGGCUUUCGCCAUCACGAUGGUUCUCAACGUGGCGCGCUUGUGCAUGGUCAGCAGCCACCUCAAAGAGACAGAGAAGACCAUCAACGAGUUCUUCCGCUCUGAGGGCACCGAGAAGCUGCAGAAGGCAUUUGACAUUGCCAAAAGCAUUCCCAUAGUCACCUCGGCGAAGACGGUGGAGUUCGCCAAGGUCACGCAGUUUAAGACCAUGGAGUUCGCCCGUCACAUCGAGGAGUUGGCACACAGCAUUCCUCUUCCGCCGCUCAUUCUGAACUGCAGAUCGUUUUCAGAGGAGAACAUGAACCCAGAGAGUGAUCCUGGAAAGAGGAGCAGGCAGGCCUUCAGCCCGCCGUGCACUGACCAAAUUGAAGAGGAAAAGGCAAUGCUGUCAAGUGAAAGACAAAGGAAUGAUGGGAUCGGUGAAGACUUGAAUGUGUCUCUGCAUAAAGUAAAGGUUGACAUUGAGGAUGAAGAGAGCAGCGCAUAAACUCAGUGGGAAUUCCAGCAAAGAACAUUUUUACAGCCAGAUAAAUUAGGUUUUUGUCCUUGAAGAUUGCCUUUCAUCUUGAAUGUAGCAAUUUACGAUUUAUUUUCAUCUCAUUCUUAUUCCUGCAGCUCAAGUUCUCAAACAUAAGCUAAAACUAACUUUAGAUUAGAUUUUUAUUUUAUGUUUCUGCAAUUUUAGAUCAUUUCACUCAUUCAAAGUUCCUUUAUGUCUUUGUUUCCUUCUAUGUUCCAUUUGACAGGCUGGUCAGCCUUCACUGAGAAAAUAUUGCCUGGUAAAAUGAUUUAUCCACCUCCAU